AUGAAUGUGUUGUACACCAACACGGCAUCCAGAGUAGAGGCAUGGCUUACUUCAAUUGAAUCUACCCUUGAUGCUUCUGAAAGGAAGAUUGUGGGGAUAGAUGUUGAGUAUGACAGGCUUAGAGGAUCCAGCAUUAAUCCGAAGAAGGCCGCUGUCAUCCAACUUUGUGUGGGCACUGAAGUUUUGGUGUACCACGUUUGCCAUGCUGAUGAAAGGAGUGAGAAGUUGUAUAAUUUCCUAUAUGGGUACCGGUACACAUUCGCUGGAAUCUGCACUGCUGAAGAUCGUAAUGUUCUUGGUCGUUCUCAAUUUUAUAUCCACAAUAUCAAGGACAUCCAGAUGAUUUGGAGAGACCCGGACAACAAGAAGAGGACUCAAGGUCUGAAAGAUGUUGCUGCAGCCAUUAUAGAUCCAUUUUACAUGAAGAUGAAAGAUGGAUUUGGUAGGGAGGAGCAUAGCAUGUGGGCUAAUGCGCCUCCUCUCCCACCUGAACAUAUUUUAUAUGCUGCUAGGGAUGCAUAUGUGACCUACGAGGUGUAUAAGCGUGAAGUUACAGUUAUUAAGAAAGCGAAAUUGUUUGCCGCCGAUGGCAAACUAAGUCUCGUUGCCGGUAUUCCUAUCGUUUUCCCUGAUGUUACUGUGAGGAUUAGAACUGAGGCCGAGGCUAAGAAAAGCUCUUCUACAUCUGGUAAUCAUUUUUAA